AAAUGGAAUCUCAGCUGCAGUGUUGGAUCAGGGCAGAGGAACUCGUGCUUGCAGCCCAGAAUCACAUCCCGGGACCUCCUACUGGCAGCCACGUCGUGUCCCGGGGUGGGACCGGAGGCACAGAGACGACAGCAGCACAGCACAGUGACGUGGCACCGCAUUAAGGGAGACGCUCCUCGCUGAGCUGCACCAUCAAAAUAUUUUCUCAAGAUUGAAGGUCGUAAAAUAUUUUAGCAGCACACGAUGAAGCUUCUUUGUGAACUGAAAGCAAAAAGCAAGGAGCUGAGCUUAGGGGAUACCCAGGUAAAUGGGGAUGCUGCUCCUUGUUUUUCAAGGCAGGCUGGCAGCUCUGUGCUCAGGGGUCCCAUCACCUUCCUGCGCUGUGCCAACCAGCACCUGGCACCCAGCAGAGUUCUCGUGUUCUUCCAGCAUCUUUUUCUUCCGCUUUUCUCUUCUGUCCUAGAAAGCAUCUUGGCUGUGUGAGAGGGGGUGGGAUACAAGGGGGAUCUGCCAUGGUGGUUGUCCUUAGGAGGAGUUGUUCUGGCUGAGCGAGCAGCAUGGUGCAGCCUGUGCUUGGGCUCUGGCAGCAGCACACGGUGUCCUCGAAGAAGAGGAGUGGUGGGAAUGCCUCCUGCGGGAGCCUCUGGGACGUGCAGGGUUGCAGCUCUUGGGAUGCAAAAAGAGCGUGUGUCAUGAGCUGGACGUUAUUUUUGGCACCAGCAGAAAUGAAAGCCAGCAAAGCCUAGCAGCUGUUGUUAUCACUGUAAAGGGACAGGAGAAGUCCAAUGAGAGCAAUAAAAAUAACUGGUGAGGCUCAGAAGGGGGAAGUGAGGGGAAGCAGGGAGCAGUGGCAGUCACAGGCAGGCCCCUGUGCAUGGUGCCUGUAGGGAGGAGCAGGGCUCCUCUUCCUCCUAGUGAGGACAGGAUGUGAUGGACACAAGCCAUGGUUUCGGUCCCUCCUGCUGUGUCCAGGAGCCACGCUGCCUGCCCUGGCUCCAGGGCUCGUGACAUCCAUUCCAGCAACUCGCGUGGCUUUCAGGAAUGCUCUACUUUGCCUGUGGGAAUUGCACCAUUAUCUUCACAGGGACUGAAAAAAUAGAGUGUGUUUCAACAGUUUUUAUUUUUUUUCAACACCACCACCAACAUCCCCUUCAAGAACAUCAAAAGGCUUAAAAAAAAGCAAUAAAUACAUCCACUAGCAUCUCUGGAGACACAUGCUGCACUCUGCUAACCCAGCCCAGCCCUUCUGAGCCCUCCAUGCCUCCAAGGCGUGAGGGAGCUUCUCUCUAUUUAACAAGCAUCUGAAGACCUUCCGCUGGGUUGUAACAGUGUCCUGUGUCAGUGGAGCUAAAGAAGGCUGCCGUGGAGAUUAACGAUGAUAUAUAUCCAUUUGCUGCUCGGAUCUACACCUCCUAUUGCAACAUUCCGCAACGCUCUUUAAACAGCAUGUGGACAGGAGCAAAGUCCUUCAUUCGGCUGUCAUAUCUCCGUGCAGCCACGUGAUAAACCCUCACCUUUAGCACCUCUCCAUCAAUUGUUUUUCCUUCUCCAAGUGUAAGAAGCUGGAACAGUUUUUGACUCAAAGCUUGUUCAGCACCCAUCUGAGACAUAACCUCCUCGACAAGCUUUUGGGGUUAACGGUUACCACAAGCACAGUGGUAAGAGAAACAUAUGUGGCUCGGGGACCAGGAGAAAGCUUUGCAGCUGUUGCUUCCUUUGGGCAUUCAAGCUGACUUAUGGGGGUCGUCUUGGAGGAGAGGACCAUUGUGCAGACAAUGCACAUCCCUAGCAGCCCACCAUGCGACAAUCACAUGAUCAACUGCUGAUGACCCAACAGGAGGGGCACGUACUAUGGGCAUGCUGUUGCCCUGACAAACAAAACAUAAGUAGCCCUGACAACUAAAGCAAGCCCUGCUGAACCAAACAGAAGUGCCCCUGACAACUAACUGCUGCCCUUGGCAACCAAAAUGACACUACGGAGAGGAUCAAACCCCAAAGAGUUCUAAGGAGGAAUGGGUACCCCCUCUGCAGAACUGCAGCUGUGCAGGUCAACAAGAUGCUGCUGACCAACUUGCUGCCUCCCUGCGGAUCAACGAGAUGUUGCUGGAUCCCUGGUGCUCCCGGAUCCAUCAUGGCAUCCCCCAUGAGGAACCUGCUGUCAGACAUCAGCUGCUAUGUCCGCUGCUUCCGUGUCUUCCUGGCCAAGUCUACUGAGCACCAGACCAUGCAGCAGUUUGUGGAGCAGCAGCUGCCGGGCCUGCUGGCGAGUACUGGAAGAGGGAAGUCUGCAAUCAAUAUUCUAAGCGUCGGUGGUGGAGCAGGUGAGAUUGACCUGCAGAUCAUCUCAGCUGUGCAAGCCAGUUAUCCAGGUGUCGCCAUCAACAACGAGGUGAUAGAGCCAAGUGCUGAUCAAAUCCUCAAGUACAAAGAACGUGUGGCUGCAACACCAAACCUUGACAACGUAAAGUUUACCUGGCAUGAGGAGACAGCUGAUGAAUAUGAAAGUCGAAUGAAGGCAGAAAAGAAGUCUCAAAAAUGGGACUUCAUUCACAUGAUUCAGAUGCUAUACUACGUGAAAGACAUCCCUGCGACUGUCCAGUACUUCCACAGCCUCCUGGAUGCGCAGGCAAAGCUCCUCAUCAUCCUGGUGUCAGAAACCAGUGGCUGGGAAACACUCUGGAGGAAGUAUGGGUCUUCCUUGCCUACAGAUGACCUCUGCACUUACAUGUCCUCUGCAAAUAUCAAAGGGAUCCUGGAUUCAUUUGGGCUGAAGUACAAGAUUCAUGAGCUCCCAUCCCACAUGGACAUAACUUGCUGCUUUACCGAAGGGGAUAAGGAUGGGGAGCUGUUGCUGGAUUUCUUGACACAAACCUGUGAGUUUUCUAAAAAUGCUCCUCCUGAAUUAAAGCACCAGAUACUGGAAGAAUUAAGAAAGCCUGGAUGCAGUGAAAACAGAAAUGGGAAGGUGUUUUUUUAUAACAACCUGAGUGUGAUAGUGGUUGAGCCCUGAAUUAAGAAGAGCAAAUAGUUAGAUACAAACUGUUAAGAGUUGAUGUAGGUGAAAAAAAAAAAUCUUUAUAAAUGGUUCAGUUUGCUUCUACUUAGUUUAUUUUUUGAGUCUGUUAAGAAAUCAUUACUAACAUCUGCUGUUAUAAGUGAUCUUUAAAAGUGAGAUUAAUUCUGUACUAAUCUAUGACUGUGUAACUCAGCAGUAAAUUGUGUUUUAUCAUGUGGAUAUCGUAUAAUCAGAUGUAACUUGGAUCAUCAGCUCAAACACUGCAGAAACCAGACCACUUCCUCUGGCUGAUGGAUAAGAAAUAAUCAAGAACCAUACACGAUUAUAUCAUGUGCAUUUAAAAACGCUUAGCAGACGAAGUGCACGAAUUACAGCUUCUCAGUGCCACUUGCAAGACUGGAGGCUUGAAACAACCAACAGCUUGGGUGGCUGCUGGAUACCUUGAGGGUAUCUUGAGCUUGUUGUGACUUCAAGAUCUCAUGCCUCCAGUCACCACGGAAGUGCCCCAAACCUUCUGCAUGUGUAAUGUUUGCCUGCUCAUGCCUCCACGUGCAGCUCCGUGUGAUAGCACUGCUUUCCCCUUCCUGUAUUUUCACUUUAUUCUUAUGACGCUGCAACAGUAGAGUCCUUUCCCUGUGGUUCACGCAUAUGGCAGCUACACAUGCUGAGGGCCUGAUCAUAAGGCAUAGACAUAAAAGGUCUAUUACCCAGGACAACUGGGUCCAUACUGAUACUGCAAGAGGGAAGCAACUGAAGGAGGUCAUGGCAUAGGAACGUUAACAAUCAACCUGGAGGAGUGGAUUUCACUGGCGCAAAGCCUUCGUUAGGAAUCAGCUACUGCUAUUAUGUGGAACAUUUUCUUAUUUUUUGUUAAAAGCACAGGCUUUCUGGUUGUAGCCUUUAACUAGCCCGGCAGUGAGGGCCAUGCAAAUGUUUUAAGCUUUGUAACCUGGAAGAUGUAAAAAUAAAUCCUGAAGCCAAAGUGACAAAUUUCA